AUGGGUCGUGCGGCACGAUAUCGCCAGGAGAAAGAGAUGUUCAGUACAACAGUGAAUGUGUUCAUGAUGGAAGUGAUUAAACUCAGUGUUUGUGUUACGGUCAUCAUAGCACUCGAAAAAUCAUUGCACAAGUUCAUGGUGCAGUUCAAGGCGGCUAUUUGGGACAAUCCUAUGGAAACGGCCAAAAUUUGUGUGCCAGCCGUAAUCUAUACGUUCCAAAAUAAUCUCUACUAUAUUGCACUAUCGCAUCUUGAAGCAGCAACCGUUUGUGUGAGUCAGUUACCUUAUAGUAGCAUUCCUCUGAAAUAA